CGUCAUCUUUGCUAUAAGAACGCGUGGCUCAGCUCAUGUCUGCAUGUCUGUUUCCAUAAGGUUGAAGAGGCAGAAGGCUGCUGCAGCUGGAAGUUUUUACACAUCCACGAAAACUGCGUGAGACGAAACAGAAGAAGGAGAUCUCAUUUCAACCGACGGAAGGGUGAAGGACCAGACCUGAUACAAGGUUAAAGAGAGAGAGAUACCACGCUGAAACAGAGAGAGACUUCUUGAAAAGUAGAAAACUCCUAAGACUCAAAGGCUUUUCAGAGGAACAGAAGCUUAGUAAAGAUGAACAAUUUCUGAACAGAGGUCCGUAGGAAGGCUGUCCAUCAACUCUAACGAUAAACUGACAGACAAAGAAAAAAACGCCUUUCUCCUUUCGCUGCCAUGGAUUCAGGAAAGCAAGUAACGCUUCCCUUGUUGAUGAGCGUUGGCACUGCGGUGAUUGGCUCCCUGCAGUUCGGAUACAACACAGGUGUCAUCAAUGCUCCACAGAAGAUCAUUGAGAAUUUCAUCAAUGAAACGUAUAGAGACCGUUACCAGGAGCCCAUCACCGAGAGCUUCCUCACAGCAAUCUGGUCCAUUUCUGUGUCCAUGUUCUCUGUCGGAGGCAUUUUUAGUUCCUUCUCUGUUGGAUUCUUUGUCAACCGUUUGGGAAGGAGGAACUCCAUGCUCAUAGCCAACAUUUUAGCCUUCAUCGCAGCUGCUCUGAUGGGUUUUUCAAAGAUGGCCAGCUCUUGGGAAAUGCUCAUCAUUGGUCGUUUUGUAGUGGGUCUCUACUCCGGCCUCUCCACUGGUUUUGUGCCCAUGUAUGUCGGCGAAAUCUCUCCGACAGCCCUGAGAGGCGCAUUGGGCACGCUGCACCAGCUGGGAAUCGUCGUAGGCAUCCUCAUUGCACAGAUAUUCGGGUUGGAGAUGAUCAUGGGUAACGCUGAGUUUUGGCCGCUGCUGCUGGGCUUCCUCUUCAUCCCGGCUGUGAUACAGUCCAUCCUGCUGCCGCUGUGCCCAGAGAGCCCCCGUUUUCUGCUCAUCAACAAGAAUGAAGAGAACAAAGCCAAAGCAGUCCUGAAGAAGCUCAGAGGGGUGACAGACGUGAGUUCUGACAUGCAGGAGAUGAAGGAGGAAAGCCGGCAGAUGAUGAGGGAGAAAAAAGUGACCAUCCCGGAGCUUUUCCGCUCUCCGCUCUAUCGCCAGCCCAUCAUUAUCGCCAUCAUCCUGCAGCUCUCCCAGCAGCUCUCUGGAAUCAAUGCUGUCUUCUAUUACUCCACACGCAUCUUUGAGAAAGCCAAAGUUCCACAGCCAGUGUAUGCCACCAUCGGAGCUGGUGUUGUUAACACUGCUUUCACUGUAGUUUCUCUGUUCGUUGUGGAGCGUGCAGGACGCAGAACUUUGCACCUCCUGGGACUGAUGGGCAUGGCCGUGUCUGCCGUCCUGAUGACCAUAGCCUUGGCUCUGCUGGAUAAACUCGAGUGGAUGUCCUAUUUGAGCAUUGUGGCCAUUUUCGCCUUUGUGGCGUUCUUUGAGAUGGGCCCGGGUCCCAUCCCCUGGUUCAUCGUGGCGGAGUUGUUCUCUCAGGGACCCAGGCCGUCGGCCAUCGCUGUAGCUGGUUUCUCCAACUGGACAGCCAACUUUAUAGUGGCACUGAGCUUCCAGUAUAUAGAGCAAGUCUGCGGCCCCUACGUGUUUGUCAUCUUUACUAUCCUGCUGCUCUUCUUCUUCAUCUUCACAUACUUCAAAGUGCCAGAGACCCGGGGCCGGACGUUUGACGACAUCGCCGCAGGCUUCCGCCAGACGGCCGGCGGAGGAGCAGAGAAGCACUCGCCGGAGGAGCUGAACAGCCUAGGAGCGGACUCUCAGCUCUGAGCGAACGACUGCAAAUGUUUCAGACAAACUCUUUUUCGCAGGCCGAGUGCGAGCUGGAAGGGUCCGCUGGUUAGAAGUAGACAGAUCUUCUGGUCGGACUAAUUUUUACUCUGUCACCACAUUUCGGACAUCGUCUCCAAAGCGACGGUUUCUACUGCUUGGCUCUUAUUGCGUAAAACAGAUAUAUAUUAUAGUUGAGGCGUCUCCUGACUGUAGGGAAGAGAGGAGCUGACGAGAGAUCAGGAGGAAAUAUUUUUUAAAGGAAAAGAUGUAUUUGCAUCACUCCACCAGCUUCUACCACCUAUUUUUUUAGUAUUUUUCUGAUAUUUUCUUUACUGAUCGAUGUGAUAAUAAACUCAGCACAUUGAGUUUGUUAUCUCAAUGUUAAAGAGUGCUAUAACUGUAAAAACAAGUUCACUGUGGAGAGGUUCCUGUUUUUAUCGACCAGACUGUAUUGCUGUAUCUUUUUAAGACUCCGGUGCCGUUGUGCUACUGUGUUCUUCCACCAGAUGGGGCUAUUACUUUACAAAAGGUGCCCAAUGUUCCACUCCGACGAAACAGAAUGAAGUUACUUAGUAUACAAACCGUGAUGGCAAGCAGUUGAAUGUUUCUUAAAUUAACUCCUUGUUUAGUUACUAUGUCAAAAUUUAUUCUGCUUAUAAAGACCUUUCAUACCUAAAAUGUCAUUUUUAAAAAUAUAUUUGUGUUCUUUCUUUAGUUGCUUUCACAACUAAUGACAUUAGUUUUAAGAAAAGGAACUGGAAAUACCCCAUCUAUGGAGUAAGCUGCAACAAUUUAAUUAAAUCACUCACAAUCAGCUGCCAUAAAACCAGAAAAAAUGCCUCACUUAGGUUUAAGUGUCCACCUGAAUCAACGGUGUUUCCCCAGCCGUCACUAGACAUACUUCAGGUCAGGCUGACCUCAUCCGGACUGAAAAGCUUCAGUUUAAAUUCUCUAAUGUCCAAGAGUUGAGAGUUUGGUGCAAUAGCUUAAAAAAAACAAACAAACAAACGUGUUUUUCUCUGUCUGGAGCUGCUUGCCGUUCAGAGACGGAAGUAAAGUAGACCAAACUGAAUGAAAGGAUUUCUGUUACCCUGAUUAUGUUUUGUUACAAGUUCUGCUAAUGUUAGUGUUUGUUACUGUUUUGCCACCAGUACUGAAUUGAGCAGAAUGUUUCUGCUUUCUUGCUAUUCUGUAGUCAUGUCUUUUACUCUGCAUGGAUGUUUGUAAAACAAAACAACAGAAAAACUGAAACAAACCCAGUUUGCCUUGCUGCACAAAUCGCUGUCUAUCUCUGCUGUAUCCCUUGUGAGAAGCCGUGUCUUCUCUCUGAGUUUGAGAAAGUUUAUCGUUUUAGCAGCACUUUAUUAUUCACAAUGAGACAAACGAUGAGGUCGAGUCUGUUACCUUUCGAUGCACAGUGUGUAUACUUUGUCACUACAGUGAGAUGGAAGAACUGCUGACAGAUUU